AUGAAAAAAAAUGAAUUUUCGGAAAGCGAAGAGGAAUUCGAACUUAGGUUUUAUAGUGACGAUUUAGCUGAAAUUAAUAGUAUAAAUGAAAGUAGAUAUAGUGACACCGAGAGCGAUAGUGACAGCAGUGAUAUAAUUAAUCGAAGUCGGAAAGCUCGGCUUAUUGAAUCAGAUACCGAUGGUACCGUAAGCCCCACUACGGAAGAGAAUGAUUGGAUUAGUAUUACAGAGGAUGGGUACAGGCCUACAAGAGUAAAUUAUUCAGUAGGACCAAAAUCGACAGGACCACAAAUUUCUUCUAAUAUUUUUGAACCUAUUCAGUUUUUCAAACUAUUUUUCACAAAACCACUUGUUGAUGAAAUAAUAAAGGAAACAAAUAACUAUGCAAAAUUUGUGUUGAAUUCAAAGAAUCUAACUAAAGACUCUAUAUGGCAAACAUGGCAUGAUGUAAAUGAAGAUGAAUUCUGGGCUUUCAUUGGAGUCAUCCUAAAUAUGGGUACAAUGCCUAUUUCUAACAUACAAGAAUAUUGGUCAACUAAACAUAACAACUAUAUAGAUUCAAAAUUUUCUGAACACUUUAUACCUAGUCAAAAUAUUUGUUUACACGAAUCAAUAGUAACAUUUAAAGGAAAAAUUUCAUUUAUUACCUAUAACCCUAUUAAGCCAACAAAGUGGAGUAUAAGAAUAUAUGCGAUGGUGGAUUCUGAAACUGGUUAUAUCUCUAUUAUCUUACCUUAUUAUGGGAGUAUUACAUCAGGAAAUCUUAUUCGUCCAGAUUUACCAGUUAGCACUAGAAUUCCAUUGCAUUUAUAUCAAAAGUUGUUAGAUAAAAUUCCAGAGGCUCAGGGUUAUCAUAUGUUUACUGAUAGAUAUUAUACCAGUAUACUUUUGGCAGAAGAAUUAAUGAAAGUAAAAUGUUACUUGACUGCCUGGAAAGACAAGAGAAUUAUGUCACUCUUGAGUACUUGGAGUGAUGCUGGAAUGAUAGAUUCAAAAAGAAUUCUACAAGGAGGUAAAGAAGUAAACAUUAGAAAGCCUAAUGUAGUUGUCAGCUAUACAAAUUCUAUGAGCAGCAUAGAUCGAACUAAUCAAUACACAUCUACUUAUUGUUUUUGA